GCCAAAUUACUUUUGGAAAGGGUUGGCAAUCUAAUCGAUGAGUUUAUGCACUUAUACCUUUGUGCCGCGGUAAUGCAGCGGGGUAGUGCCAUGACAGGACAGCAGCUUUGUGCAGCCGCGGUGAACGCGCGGCCGUGCGUGCGCGCCCCUCGCCCGGGGCUGGGGCGGCCGCUGCUGUAGCACUGCGGUGCCGUCGGGCUGGAAGCGCUAUCGCUUGAAUAAACUGCGCCUCGAAGCUUUGCUGGCCUGAAUUCUGACGGUGUCUGUCGUGGCCUCGGCUCGGUCCCGCCGCAGCGGCGCGGCCGCAGGGAGGGAGCGGCGGGCGCGGCCCCGCGCUCUGCAGGUGCCGGGGGCGGGCCCGGGGCCGGGCCGGGGCGGUGCCGCCGCUGAGCCCGGCUCGUCCCGCCCCCGCCGGCACGGGAGCCACCAUGGCGGAGGAGCGGGACCGCGAGCGAGAGCUGCGCUUCUACCGACGGCUGCCCAAAGCGGAACUUCAUGCUCAUUUGAAUGGCUGUAUCAGUUCUGCUACUAUGAAGAAACUCAUGGCUCAGAAGCCAAACCUUCAGAUCCAGAAUGGAAUGACUGUAAUUGACAAAGGAAAGAAAAGAACCUUAGAUGAAUGUUUUCAAAUGUUUCAGAUCAUCUAUCAGGUUACCACGAGGACUGAAGAUAUUUUGCUGAUAACUAAAGAUGUCAUUAAAGAAUUUGCUGAUGAUGGUGUCAAGUAUCUGGAACUGAGAAGCACUCCAAGAGAAGAAAAUUCCACAGGUAUGACCAAAAGGAUGUAUGUUGAAACCGUACUUGAGGGGAUAAAGCAGUGUCAAGAAGAAGGCUUGGAUAUAGAUGUAAGGCUGUUAAUAGCAAUAAACAGAAGACAUGGCCCAGCAGUUGCUAAACAGACUGUUAAACUUGCUGAAGAGUUCCUGCUUUCCAGUGAUGGGGUUGUAGUAGGACUUGACCUCAGUGGUGAUCCCACUGCAGGACAUGGUCAAGACUUUUUGGAACCUCUCUCAGAAGCAAAAAAAGCAGGUCUAAAGCUGGCACUCCAUCUUUCUGAGAUUCCAAAUCAAGAGGAGGAGACCAAGAUUCUCCUGGGCCUGCCUCCUGACAGAAUUGGACAUGGAACAUUUCUCAACUCCACAGCAGCAGGUUCUGAAGAGAUAGUGUCACUGGUUCACCAGAAUCAUAUACCUAUUGAAUUUUGCAUGACAUCAAACAUAAAAUCUCAGACAGUGCCUUCCUGUGACAAACACCAUUUUGGAUACUGGUACAGCAUGGGCCAUCCUGCAGUGCUUUGUACUGAUGAUAAAGGCGUCUUUGCAACUGAUCUAUCGCAAGAGUAUGACCUGGUUGCAAAAACAUUUAAUCUGACUCGAUCACAGAUGUGGGAUCUUUCCUAUGACUCAAUCAACUAUAUUUUUGCUUCAAAUGCAGUAAAAUCCAAGCUAAGGGAACAAUGGUGUAAGCUGAAACCAGCUCUGUUUGAUUAAUCAAACUGUUGUCCUAAAUAGCUUAGGUGUAUUAGCUGACUUAAUAAGCUUUUUAUAUUGAAGUCCCCAGCCUUUUUCAGACCUCAGGAUUUUAAACCCAGCCGUAAACUGCCUGUGCACAAUGAAGGCAACUGGAAUGCAUCCCUUGUUACUGGGGACAGAAGUAAAUGUUCUUUUGGUAGUUGGGAAGGGCUCUCAGCCAGUGACUAAAAUGCCAAAUGUGUUGUCACCUUGUUUCUCUUGAGCUGAUAUGACAUUUUAAAAAACACUUAGUUGAAAUAUGUCAUCAUAAUAUGAACAUUUGAGAGCUGCAACAAAAUGAAGGCAGAGCUAUUGGUGUUUAAAACAUCUCUGUUGACAGCAUUCUGCCAAGCUGUUUGAAUGUGUGGUGUGUAUUUUUGGGGUUUGUAUUGUUUUCAGGUUUUGAGCUGUUGAUUGGAUGUGAAGACAGAGACAAACUCAGGGAGAACAAAAUAUUUAUCCCAAGGAAUUACUAUUGUAUCUGUUUUUAUUGCUGUACAUGUAUGACUGAAGCUGCUGUGAUGGAAUAGCAUGUGGGGGUCUGCUGGUGCCCUGGGCACCGCUGGUGUGUAGGCACUUAAGAAUCUUGAAUGCCUUCAGUAAGUGAGCUACUUGGCAAAGUGGUCUCAUUCUUAAAAUGCUUUUUAGAGUUGCUGUUUGUUGUGUAAAAAAAGCAAUAAAAACCUCCGAGUUUUUGAAACCACCACUUCAAGGUGUGCAUGUGCGUGUUUGAGCUGUGCAGAAGAGAAGCAGGAUUCUGUGGGGCGAGUCCCUGGAGCAAUCGUGCUGUCUGCCAGCCUCUCCCCUGCUGCUCUGGCAGCCACAGGGUUCUCUGUGCCCUCUCCAAGCGCCUGCCUGGGAGUUCUGGUGCUGAGAGCUCACAAAGUCUGUGAAUGUGCACAUGCUGCAGUUUGUGUAAUGGGAGUUGGGAGGUCACCUGGAGGAUUCCAUUUGUGUGCAGUAAAAGAACCAGGAAUGUACGUGGGUGGCUGAGGAGCAACGCACGGAACUGGGAUUUCUCUAUAUAGGAAUAUAACUGUGAGUUACUGCUGUUAUUUACACAGCAGAAAUGUUACACUUAGGAAAUUGGACGGGAUGUGGACUUUAGGAAUGAAGAAUCACCAUCUGAUGAGACCUUUGUCAUGAACAGUUCCCAAGCUGACUGUUGCAACUUGAAACACUCUUACUGUCCCUGAGCUAGUUUAACUUUUAUAAGUAAAACUGCUGUUUCCUUCUUUGGCUGCAUGUAACAUUAUAGUUAGUUUUAAUUUAAGCACUUCUUGCUGAGCCUGCUUGUCAAAUUCUGAGUUAGCGGUGACAUAAUCACUGUUUAGUUUAUAAUAUUGUAUAAAAGUGAUUGUGACACAGAGUGAAGCAUCACCACAGAAUUAAUCAUAAGAAAUGGGGCAG